AACGGGGUCAACUGUCAAAAAUGCCGAGUCAUGCUUUUGAGAAACGUUCCGAGGUCACGCCGACAGAUGUCGCUUCAAAGCGAGAGAUAUAAGUGUGCAAGUACUUAUAGAGUUUCGUUCGUCUUAUUUAUUUUCUCUAUCGGGUGUUAAUGCAGCUUUGGCAUUGAGCCCUAUAUAGCUGCAUGUCAGUAUAUUUGCGCGCGAGCAGAAGGCUUCAGUCGGGAUAUUUUGCGCUUGCAGUGUUUACGAAUUUCGCACAAUCACUGAUCAAGGCCACAGACCGAAACUCGAGGAGAGAUCUAUUUGAGGAAACAUCAGUCAUGUCACAAAAAACUUUGUCCGCAGGGUCCUCAUGCCCACCUUUGUCCCCAGGAACGCUGCGACUCUAUAGUAUGCGCUUCUGCCCAUAUGCAUUGCGCACACGUCUUGUGUUGGCUCACAAACAGAUCCCGUUUGAAACCGUAAAUGUGGAUCUGAAAAAUAAGCCUGAGUGGUUCCUGAAGAUAAAUCCCAAAGGCCUGGUACCAACACUGGAGAAAGAUGGGAAAGUGGUUUAUGAGUCACUUAUUACCUGUGAUUACCUGGAUGAUGUAUACCCUCAGAACCGGUUGACUCCCUCUGAUCCUUACCAAAGGGCACUGGAUGCCAUGUUCCUGGACUAUUUUAGUAACAAGUUUGUACCCAAUUUUUACAAAGUACUUCGCUCAAAAGGAAAAGAUGAUGAAGCAAGGCAUGAACUACUGAAAGCAUUACAGAAAAUUAAUGAUGAGAUUUCAAAAAGAGGAAAGUUCUUUGGAGGUGAUGAGGUGAGAAUGAUUGAUUACAUGAUGUGGCCAUGGCUACAACGGCUACCAUUUGUUCGUCAGUUUGACCCAGUCUUUAAGGCAUCCAGCAGUGAUCUUCCAGAACUCUCUGCUUGGAGUGAGAGGAUGCAGGCUCUGCCCGCUGUGCAAGAAACAGACAUUAAACUGGAGAUAUAUGCCACAUUCUUUAAGCAGUCUCUUGAAGGCAAUCCUCCUUAUGACCUUGGACUUGAGCCAUGAAAUGAGCAAGUCUUCCAUAAUUACCAUGCUGAGUGCCACUGGUUUAUAAGGAGUAAUAUUGAACUGAUUGUUCUGAAAAUCAUUGUCCUUAGAGUGCAGACACUUAAAGCACAGUUUAAAUGAUCAUUUACAUUUCCGAGUUUGCUGAUUGUGAGUUUUUGAUUAUUAUUCAGAGAGUAAGCAAAGCUUCAUUUGUAAUUGUGUAAUUCAGAUGCAUCUUCCUAGUUUGUCUUGAAAUUUAUAUAACAAAGAAAAGCUACACCUGUUUCUACAUAUGGGGAUAAUUGCAAUCAUCAAAGUCAUAUAUUCAAGUCAUGAAUUCACAUAAAUCAUAAAUUCAUAAUGAUCAUAAUAAACAUGUUGUUUUAGUCAUU